CUUCAAAGUGUUGCCAGUUUGGAAAAAAUGUUAUCAAAACUUAAUGUAGUGGGAGUAUUAAUUACAUUGAUAUUUUCCUUCAAAUUUGCCUCCUCAAUAUUCUGCUAUGACUGUAACAGCGCGUUCGAUCCUAGAUGUGGAGAGGAAUUCGACCCGUUCAGCCUCGGGGUCGUGAAUUGCUCCUUAAGAGACCCCCCGGAACACAUAGACCCUGUUGCGCCAACUUUCUGCCGCGUCAUUAAAAUGGAGAUUUAUGGCAAAUUACGCAUUGUAAGAACGUGUGGCUUCCUCGAAGAAGAGACAGGAGUACACAUGUGUAAGAGACAAACAGGCAACGGCGAUCUGUUCGUGACAUACUGCACUUGCAACACAGAUCUCUGUAACGGAGCCCCUACACUUGACCAUAACUUGGUGCUAAUUUUAACAGCCUUCGGCUUAUCCAAACUUAAAAAUAUAUUAUAAUCUUAACCAGAGUGUUCCUUGUAUUUAUUUUUGUAACAAUGUUAUUAAUUCUGUAACUUGUAACUGCCAUACACUUGAAUGAUUAAAUAUGUAUUCGCCCGAGAAUUAAAUCGUGUUAAGAAUAA